AUGCACCUUGACCAACCCAUACAUGCUCUGCCCUUAACGAGUGGGAGCGUUAUCGCGGCACUGGUGUCUGCGCUGCUUGGUUUGAUUCUGACAAGAUGGCUCUGCAAACGCGGAGAGCACGUCCCGUGCGUGACACUGGGCCUGCCGGACCUCACGGAGGACGGCCUUUUCCUUAUUCCUGUUACCGCCGAUGAUCAACCCGGAAAACCCAUCUGUUGUCGAAAGAAAACCGAAGCCGAUCGCUGUCACCGGUGCGCGGCGGCAGCAACUGGUCGACUGCUAGGAUGGGUACUGGACCAGAGUGCGGCAGAUGUACGCGCUCGCGUUCAAGUGGCGUCCGAUGCCCAGCAACUCUGGAGAGAGACGUCGUUUGCUGAGCGGCGCCGAGUUCUACGUGCGCUCCGCAAAGCAAUUCUGGCGAAUCGCGAGUCUAUCCUGCAGGCUAGCGUGCUGGAAACCGGGAAAACGUUCGUCGAUGCAUAUCUGGGCGAGCUACUCACGACGCUCGAGAAGAUCCGCUGGCUUUUACGCGAAGGCGAGCGGGCAUUGGCUCCCGAGUAUCGCUCGGUCGGACCGCUCACCAUGCAUAAACGCGCCUGGGUGCAGUUCGAGCCACUGGGUGUCAUUGCGGCGAUUGCGCCGUGGAACUAUCCAUUCCACAACCUCAUGAAUCCGAUAUUAGCGGCCCUGUUUGCGGGCAAUGCAAUCGUCGUUAAGAGCAGCGAGUAUAGCUCCUGGUGCUCUGUCUACUAUGUCGAGCUUGUGCGGCAUGUGCUUCGUGCUUGCAAGCAUCCAUCGGAACUGGUGCAGUUGGUCACUGGCGGCGCCAGCGCCGGCGAGGCGCUCGUUGUCGACAAGGGUGUUGCCAAAGUAUUCUUCACGGGUUCGACGAGAGUCGGGCGUCAGGUGGCCAUGGCAGCAGCCGAGCAACUGAAACCCUGUGUCCUGGAGCUCGGCGGUAAGGACGCUUUUAUUGUCUGUGAUGACGCGGAUCUCGAGCAGGCACUUGAUAUUGCGAUGCGCGGUGUUUUUCAAAACAGCGGCCAGAAUUGUGUCGGGAUCGAGCGCAUCCUGGUGCAGCGCCCUAGCUACGAGCGUUUCGUUGCCGAGAUGCAGGUGCGCGUGCAGUCACUCCGUAUCGGCGUCGAUCUCGGUGCAAUGACCAUGGGCGAGGCCUCCCUGCGGGAACUCGAGUCACUGAUCAACGACGCAGUGAAAGACGGCGCGCGACUCCUAUGUGGCGGCAAGCGCGCAGGGCGCUCGUACUGGGAGCCAACGCUCUUGACUGACGUGCCCCUACACAGCCGAAUCAUGCAAAACGAAGUGUUCGGUCCUGUCAUGAUCAUCACCCCCUUCGACGGUGAUGCGGAGGCAAUUCGGAUCGUGAACGGUUCAGCGUACGGCCUCGGGAGCAGCGUCUUCUCUGCUGAUCGCAAGCGUGCAGCGAUGAUUCGAAAUAAGCUGCUCGUCGGAAUGGUGAAUGAGAAUGAUUUUGGCGUGAAUUAUUUAUGCCAGUCGCUGCCCUUCGGAGGUACGAAAGAUAGUGGUUCCGAUCGAUUUGCUGGUAUUGAGGGGCUGCGCGCCUGCUGUCUUAUGAAAAGUGUUACACAGGAUCGGUUCUGGAUGCUGCGCACUCGUAUUCCAAAGCCGCUGCAGUAUCCCGUACAUCACGCAGCAGUAGACGUGAUCGACGCCUUGAUGCGCGUCAUCUACAUGGAAGAUAGUAUCUGGGGACGCGCUCUCGCGCUUCGGGAUUUCAUGCUUUCAGGGUUUCGAUGUGCAACUUCGAUAACGCGUGCUUCCGGGGCAGCAGGCAUCGAGCACUAG